AUAUAAACACACCUUUACUCUAAGGUUUUUCAUUCUCGAUUCCACAGCUCAAAUAUCCAUUGCAACUAUCUUCUAUCAUUCAAGAUGAUUGCUUUUAAAGUUUUGCUGGCUGUUACUUGCAUCGCCGGGGUUAUGGCUGCUCCCGUCGAGCAACAAGAAGUUGGUGCUGAGAGUGCGACGGAUCUGAACACUGCUGAGGGCCAUCAUGGCGCAUACGGUGGUUACGGCGUGCAUGGUUACGGAGGGCAUGGUUACGGACACGGAGCUGGUUACGGAGGUUACGGGCAUGGACAUGGUGGAUAUGGCCACGGAUACGGUCAUGGAUAUGGCCAUGGAUAUAACAGAGCUUAUGGGCACAACCAUGGCCAUUCAGCCUAUACAAGCGUUAACAAAUUAAUCACGCACGGAUCCAGCAGCCACGGCAACGCUCAUGGGUACGGACAUGGUCACGGAUAUGGACAUGGCCAUAACGCUCAUGCAUAUUAAACUUCUAACAGAAACAGGCGAAGACAAAGAGUAAUGUUUUCGAAAAGCUUUACCUGGCACGAUCAUCCCUCUUUGUCGAUUGGUUGACACCAUGUUUAAAGAGCAUAAUAUACCUAAUUACCGCUGCAUUA